AUGACUAACGUGCACCAGAUUGGAAGAGCAGGGAAAGCUGCAAAGAUGGGUCUGGCUACUGCUUUUUUCAAUGAGAGGAACUCAUCGUUGGCAAGGCCACUUGCCGAACUGAUGCAAGAAGCAAACCAGGAGGUGCCUGCAUGGCUCUCUCGGUAUGCAGCUUGUGCUUCAUAUGGUGGUGGUAGGCACCAUCAGUCUGGUGGUGGAGGCCGCUUUGGUGACCGUGACUUCCAUAGGGAUGCCUCCUUAAGCAGGUACAAGGGGGUUGGUGAUUACUAUGGUGGUGGCAGCAGUGGUGGUGGGGGGUAUGCUGCAGCAUCCUUGGGGCAUGGUGGUGGUUGUGGCAGUGAUGGAUUCACCAGUGCAUGGGACUAA